AACCCUCCAGCCAGGACCAGCAGCAGCCGCCUCCGUCCCUGGAUCUCCUUGCCUCUUUCUCCGCCGCCGAAGCGCCUGACCCGGGAGGAGGGAGAACCAAUGCGGCAUUUCCUGGCUGGCCGGCCGCCCCUCCUGCCGCCGCCGCGAGGGGCGAGCAGGAGGCAGCGGCGGCGCUCGCACUGCAGCUUCCGGCCGGGCUCUUGCAGCAGGCAGCAGCCAGGAGGAGCCGGAGCCGCCGCUGGGGAGCCAGGCUGCCCGAGAAGGGCCCCAGAGCGCAUGGAGAAGCCGCCGCGGAGGGCCCGGCGCGCCGGAGAUGGAGACGCCGCCGUCGGCUGCAGCGCGCUCCUCCUCUCGCUACUGCUCCUUCUCCUUCUUCUGCUGGGUUGUGGGGCGGCGGCGGCCGCCCAGGAGCUGAAUCCCCGCGGGAGGAACGUGUGCCCGGCGCCGGGCUCUGCUGGAUUCGUCUGCUGCUCAGGAUGGAGGCAACAGGGCGAGGAAUGUUUGAUAGCUGUGUGCGAGGGAAACUUCACCUGCAAGGACAAUGAGGUCUGUGUGAGGCCCAACGAAUGCCGCUGCCGCCAUGGUUACUUUGGUGCCAACUGUGAAACCAAGUGUCCCCGCCAGUUCUGGGGCCCCGACUGCAAGGAGAUGUGCCAGUGCCACCCCAACGGGCAAUGUGAGGAUGUGACGGGCCAGUGCACCUGCAACGCCAACCGCUGGGGGCCCAAGUGCGAGAACGCCUGCCUGUGCAAGCAUGGCAAGUGCGACCAGAAGACCGGCAAAUGCACCUGCGAGCCCAACUGGUGGGGCCCCCAGUGCUCCAGCGCCUGCUACUGCAGCCUCAACUCCCAGUGCGACCAGCAGGUGGGCACCUGCAUCUGCCAGCCGGGCUGGUGGGGCCGCAGCUGCAACAACCAGUGCUCCUGCAACAACUCACCCUGUGAGCAGUUCACGGGCCGCUGCCAGUGCCGGGGGCGCACCUUCGGCCCCCGCUGCGACCGCUACUGCCAGUGCCACAUGGGCAAGUGCAACCAGCUGGACGGGACCUGCACCUGCGAGCCAGGAUACCGAGGGAAGUUCUGCAGGGAGCCCUGCCCGGCCGGAUUAUACGGGCAAGGCUGCCGGAGGAGGUGUGGGCAAUGCAAGGAGCUUCAGCCCUGCACCAUUGCGGACGGGCGCUGCCUGGCAUGCGAAGCUGGCUGGAACGGCACCAAGUGCGACCAGAUCUGCUCGGCAGGCUUCUACGGGGAGGGCUGUGACCAAACCUGCCCUCCCUGCAAGGACGGCCACACCUGCAACCACAUCAACGGCAAGUGUUCCCACUGCAAUCCUGGCUGGAUCGGGGACAGGUGUGAGACGAAGUGUCGCAAUGGGACCUACGGUGAGAACUGUGCCUUUGUCUGCAACGACUGUUUCAAUGGCACCUGCGACUUCGAGUCCGGGCGCUGCCUCUGCCGGCCAGGCUUCCAAGGAAUUUGGUGUAACGUGACGUGCCAAACUGGUCACUACGGGGUGAACUGUUCAGAAUCCUGCAAGUGCCACGAAGAUUCUUGCGACCCACUGACCGGAUCUUGCCACAUGGAGGCUAACCAGCGGAUGGGCGUCAUUGGAGCCGGUGCCCUCUUGGCCUUCCUCCUCCUCCUCCUCCUCUCCCUCCUGUGUUGCUGCUGCGUUUGCCGCAAGAAAGACCACUCCCGGGAUUCAAACCAGGACCCACCCCACAAGAAAUCCCCAAGGCGUCUUUGUGGGAGGUUCAGCCGCAUCAGCAUGAAACUUCCACGCAUCCCUCUUCGCCGCCAGAAGCUGCCAAAGGUUGUAGUGGCUCAUCAUGACCUGGAGAACACCAUGAACUGCAGCUUCAUUGAGCCCCCAUCAGUGGUAGAGCAGCCGUCACCUUCGUGGUCCUCCCGGGGCUCCUUCUCGUCCUUCGACACUACGGAUGAGGGUCCCGUCUACUGUGUGCCACACGAAGAGAGUGUGAGCGACAGCAAGGACAGAGUUUCCGCUCCCUGCAACCCAGUGGAGAAGGUGGCACCGCCCAUCAGCGAGGAGGAAGCCGGAGAGUACACUGUCUUGAAAGAGAGCCCCUCCAUCCCAGCGGACAGCAGCGAGACGCCCUUGCUCAAAUCCUCUGACAGCGAGCGCUCCUCUUCCGGGUCUGGCUCGGUCAGCGGGGCCCUCUACGCCCGGAUCGCUCGCCUCUCCAAGCAGUCCAGAGACGAGGAUGACAACGCGGGUGCCGCCAAGCCCCCGUCGCCGGAGAGAGCCAAGCCCCCUCCGCCGGACCCCUCGACGAAGCCCAAAGUCUCUUGGAUACACAGCAAGUACAGCUCCAACCAGUCCAACUCCCUGCCCGCCAUCGGGAUGGCUGACCUGAUGGAGCACAAACAGGGCUUGGCAAAGAGAAAGAGGAGCCCCAGCGAGACGUCAGCCGGGGUCCAUGGCAAGGUGCCUGCCGCCAGGGGCAAAGAGAAAGCCCCGAAGCACCCGAGGGAGCUGAGCUCCCCCGAAGGCAAGGCCCUCUCCCUCUCUGGGGAGCAGCUGUCCCCGUCCAAGCUCAAGCAGAGGCACAAGGCCAGCGCAGAGCAGAUGGAGAACAUCAAUGGAGCUGUCCAGAACGUGAUCAAGAAGAUGGGCAGUUACCCUCCGGACCGGAAAGGGAGCGAUGCCCCCAAAAGCCCCAGCCACAGCAAACUACGCUCCGAAGUCAUUCACCCCCACCUGUCUUCAGAGGCGGCCACACUGCUGGCAGCACAGCUUAAGGAAAAGACUCAGAGCCUAAACCGGGGUGAUGGGGGCACACGGCAGAACGGGGUAAGCCCCCUGCCGGCCCAGAGGGAGAAGCCCACCCCACCGCAGAAGGCCAAGCGCUCCGUGGCCGCCGGCAGCCAGAAGUCCAGCAAGCCCGUCCUGCCGACCUCCCCAAACUUGCAGAAACUGAUCAGCCCCGUGGCGGAGGCGCCAGCCGGCGAGCCCAGAAAGGCGGAAAAGCCCAGCUCCGGUGGCAGCCAAGAGCCAACGACGCCUGUGGCCGGGGACCAGGUGGUCAAGAAAACACCCAUCAAAAAGCCCCCCAGGAAGAAGAGCAGAGAAGCCGCCAUGGAGCAGCAGCCCAAAGCGGCCACCACGUCACCUCAAACCGUGCAGUAGAAGUUGGCCACGUUACUAAGAGAGGACUGCACACACACACACAAAAACAAAGGAAGUGAGGAUUGGGGGUUGCGGGGGAAGCACAGAACUUGUCUCGGGGGAAGCCAGGAGACUGGCAAAGACUCUUUUGAGGGUGCCCCCCACCACUGAGACGUGGACCCUAUUGACAACAGAGGCCUUCUCCCUCGCCCCCCACCGACAGCAGAACCAAAGCACUUCUGAUUUUGCUCCCCCCUUUGUGGAGCGGGAAAGGGAUUUUGUGGACCAAGCGCUGGGCGCCUGGGGCUCGGGGAGGGGGAGGGCUUAGCAGGGUGGGUCGGGUGGCUUUUAUUUGUACCAGUAUUAUAAUUGCGUAUGCCAUGCUUCUCUCCCCUAGGGAUUUCCAAGUUGCUAUAACCUGCAUCAAUGGAGUCGCUGGCUUUCAGGUUCUGAGCAUGGUGGUCGCAAAAGGCUAUGGCAUAAGCUCCACGGGGCAGAGACCUUUGCCAAUCUGCUGCCCUGCUUCCCAACGUCCUGGGCUAUCGCUCACAUAAAGCCCCAAGCUAAACAUCCGCCUGAUGCUGGGACUGUGAUGGGCCCAUGCUGACCAGGGCUGGUUGUAGAAUCAUAGAACUGGUGAGCUGGAAAGCACCAAAGCACCUCUCAGUUCAACGCCCUGUGGGAAUCACAGCUAAAGAAUCCCUGACAGAUGGGCAUCCAACCUGUGUUUUAAAAACCUCCAAUGACGAGAGCCCACCACCUUCCGAGGGAGUGCCUUCCAUUGUCAAACAGAUCUCACCGUCAGAAAGUCCUUCUUAAUGCUGAGACAGAAUCUCCUUUCUGGUCAUUAGAAUCCGUUGGUUCAGAUCCUUCUCUCUUGAGCAGAAGAAUACAAGCUUGCUCCCAUCUUCCAUGUGACAACUCUUCAGAUAUUUGAAGAUGGCUCUCAUGUCACCUCCCAGUCUCCUCCAGGCUAAACAUGCCCUUAACUAUUCCUCAUAAGGCUUGGUUUCCAGACCCUCAAUCAUCUUGGCCGCCCACUUCUGCACACAUUCCAGCUUGCCACUCCCUCUUAAACUGUGGUGGACACAGGACUCCGGGUGGGGUCUGACCUAGGCAGAAUAGUGUGGUGCUAUGACUUCCCUUGAUCUCAACCCUGGACUUCUCUUGCCGCAGCCUAGAAUUGCAUUAGCAGCUGAUGGGAGAUACAGGCCGGAGGUGCGCAAGGGGGCAUCAGGUUGGCAAAGGAGGGUGCUCUGUGGGCAUAGAGGCGGGAGGCAACUUUCCUUUCAAGCUGGCCAUGUGUGCAGGCCUCGCACUGGCCUGGAGCUUCAGCACACCCAGUCUUGGGAUAGCAUCCCAGACCUGACUGGGCAUGCCUUCUGCUGGAGCUUUUUCACCCUGUGGUGCCAAUAUGGGCACAUCCUCCCUUGCAGCCGUGCUGCCUCGAGCUGGCUUCGAUGGACGCCCUGCCCCCCCCCCCCCAUUUUGCAUCAGUGGUUCUGGCCGCCAUAAGAGGCCACCUGUCCUGGCUACGACAAGGGCAGUUUGGUACACAAGUCUAGCGUCUCUAUUGAAAGCUUCCUCCAUUAAAAAGAAACGGUGUAUUUCUA